UAGUGUUUACAUCCCAAACUGUGGCCGCUUUGUGCUGAGCGUUUGUGGAUGAAGACGGCAGGAUUUUAGGAUUUUAACACCAUGCACGGCUUUAACAAGACACCAAACGCGAGUUAAAAGCGUAACAAAAAUUACAUCGAUGGUUGUGGUGCUAUCGAGACUGUAGCACAUAGCACAGAGCACAUUACCUGCGAAACAGCCUUCAUUUCAUCCAGAGCGACUGCUUCCAGCUGGAGCAGCUAUGGGGGGCGCAGUAAGUGCAGGAGAGGACAAUGAUGAGCUUAUUGACAACCUGAAAGAGGCCCAGUACAUCCGUUCAGAGCUGGUGGAGUGUGCUUUCAGGGCCAUCGACCGAGCUGACUACUACCUAGAUGAGUUCCGUGACAGUGCUUAUAAGGACUUGGCCUGGAGACAUGGCAACAUCCACCUGUCUGCACCCUGCAUCUACUCUGAGGUGAUGGAGGCUCUGGACCUGCAGCCUGGCCUGUCCUUCCUAAACCUGGGAAGUGGAACAGGCUACCUCAGCACUAUGGUGGGCCUCAUACUGGGUCCAUUUGGUGUGAAUCACGGUGUUGAACUCCAUGCUGAUGUCAUUGAGUAUGCUUAUCAGAAGCUGGACUGUUUUAUCAAGACGAGUGACAGCUUUGAUAAGUUUGAGUUCUGUGAGCCAUCAUUUGUGGUGGGCAACUGUCUGGAGAUUGCCCCAGAGAGCCGAAAGUAUGACAGAGUAUACUGUGGGGCAGGGGUUCAGAGGGAGCAUGAGGACUUCAUGAAGAACCUACUAAAGGUUGGGGGUAUCUUGGUGCUCCCCCUGGAAGAAAAGCUUACCAAAAUAACUCGGACAGGGUACAACUCAUGGGAGACAAAAAAGAUCAUUGCUGUGUCCUUUGCUCCUCUUGUGCUUCCUAAACACAGAGAAAAUGGCAAACCUAGAGCAGUACCACUACCUACCAUGUUUGAAGUGCGAAGCCUCCAGGACUUGGCUCGCAUUUCCAUCCGACAGACCCUGAAGAAAUCGGUGUCUGGUUCCUGGCCUCUUCCCAAGAAGGUGGGUUCCAGAGGAAGGUCUCGUCAGAAACAGAGACGUGAACAACGCGACUCCACCCUCCUGACUAACCACUAUAUGUUCAUGAGUCGCCUGAUCCCCAGAGCUAUAGACGACAACAACAACCAGUCAGAGUCAGAUGACGACGAUGACGAGGACUGCAAGGGUGUUUGCGAACAAGUGGGUGAUGAGCAUGGAGAAGGUGAGGAUGGAAGGAGGAAGGAAGGAAAAGUUACAGAGGCUCCUGUUAACUUGCUGAGGGAGAGGAUCCUCAGCCUGCCUCUUCCAGAGCCACUCAAGACAUACCUUCUGUAUUACAGAGAGAAGUAGGCCACCAGUUUACUGAGCUGACUUAUUUCACUUCAUCCACAGACUAUAUAUAAGUCCUAAAAUGUCCAUCAGUUCCUUCUCUCACAUGACUCUUGCCUUGUUGGAAGUAAUGUGCACAAAUUAAAUUUUUAAUGGCUAAAUAAUCAGCAUGGUUAUAACGGGAAGAAAUAAACUAUUUUGAGGUGUCAGUAAUCAGACUCUUCACUAGAGGUGCAAGUCAUCCUGUUUUACUGAAGUAGAGAAGCCACAAUCACGAAUCUGACAAAUAAACCCAUGAAAUAUGAACAGUACAUCACCUAUACUGGUAAUAAACUAUCCCUGUAUACACCUGGGAUGGAUAUCACUACUGAGUUUAUUUACCAUGCAUUUUUUUGGAAAAUAUAGUACAAAACAAUGCAGACAAUACAAGAAAAACUGAGGACUCGGUAAUACUUUGCAAGUAAAUACCCAUAUUUAUGAUUUUUUUUAUGCAAGGGGAAUGAAAAAAAAUGGAGAAAGUUUAAUUUCACUAGUGGUGUUGCAAUGAAUCAAUGAGUAAUUGCUUACUGAAUCAACAAUUAUGUGGCAUCAUUUGGCCAUCUCUUUUAAAGGAAAUUUUUAAAGGAAUACAAAGCAAUGCAGACCAAAAAAAAAAAGUAAUUACUUUCAAUUACAUUUUAGAAUAGAAAUUUCCAAGUUUUCUUUUUGUCCAUGUGUUCUUCCCAACAACCCUUAGAUCUGCCUCUUGAGAUGUUUCGAAACACUUAACAGUUAAGCCCUGUUUAAGCUCAGCUUUAUGCAUUAUUCUAAAGUUUUGCUCAGUGUGUGUCCUUCUGAUUGAUACAGGCUACAUGGGGGAAAAAACAAAAACAUAAUAAAUUUUUUUAAAAAAAAUCAAGGUGAUUUCUCAUGAGGGAACCUGUACAUUCUAGGCGAACGUAUAUACAAAUGUGACCUGUAACUAAAUGUUCAAGGCUGACCCAUUCCAUACAGUAAAUGUCUUCACUACAUCGGUCACACAUUUUUGAUGUUCAACAUUGAUGUCCAGUAGUGAAACAAAAUUCUAUGAAUGUGCUACUCCAUUAAACAUGCUGUAACAUUACAUUAAAAUACUCCUACAAAGUUCAA